AUGCCAAACGGAACAGGAAAUCGGCAAAGGUUUUUCACCUGCCGGGAUCUAGGUGCAAGAGUGAAAGAGAAUGAGGCAAGAUCGGUCUUGGUUGGUGCUCCCAAGGCAGAAUCUAAAUACAGCACCUCUGUGCAGUCCCCAGGAGCAGUGUUUAAAUGUCGAGUCCAUACCAAUCCUGACAGAAGGUGCACAGAACUGGAUAUGGGUCGAGGCAAUUCUCGGGGCACACUCUGCGGAAAGACCUGCAAAGAAGACAGAGAUGAUGAAUGGAUGGGUGUGAGCCUGGCUAGACAGCCGAAGGCUGGUGGAAGUGUACUGGCAUGCGCACACCGCUGGAAAAACAUCUACUACGAGACAGAGUAUAUCCUGCCCCACGGCUUCUGCAACAUCAUUCCCCCCAACCUGCAGCCCAAUGGGAGGAGGCUCUUGCCCUGCUACGAAGAGUACAAGAAGAAGUACGGGGAGGAGCACGGCUCGUGCCAGGCAGGGAUUGCAGGCUUCUUCACUGAGGAGCUGGUCAUCAUGGGGGCACCGGGAUCUUAUUAUUGGACAGGAACUGUCAAAGUACUGAAUCUCACUGACAACACGUAUUACAAGCUGAAUGAUGAUGCUGUGAUAGCCAGGCGGUACACGUACCUUGGAUAUGCGGUGACAGCAGGUCAUUUCUCUCAGCCAACUACCACGGAUGUUGUAGGAGGAGCUCCUCAGGAUGGAGGCAUCGGAAAGGUUUAUAUUUUCAGAACAGACAGACGAUCAGGCUCUCUAGUAAAGAUUUUUCAGGCUUCAGGAAAAAAGAUGGGCUCUUACUUUGGCUCCUCCUUAUGUGCAGUUGAUCUGAACUCUGACGGGUUGUCAGACCUGCUGGUCGGAGCACCUAUGUUUUCUGAGAUCAGAGAUGAGGGUCAAGUCACAGUCUAUAUCAACAGAGGAAACGGAGUGUUGGAAGAGCAGCUUGUCCUGGACGGUGAUGGUGCCUACAACGCACACUUUGGGGAGAGCAUGGCCACCCUCGGCGACAUCGAUGACGACGGCUUCCCAGAUGUUGCCAUUGGAGCACCUAAGGAGGAUAACUACAUAGGAGCAGUAUACAUUUACCAUGGGGAUGCCAAUGGUAUUGUACCUCAGUACUCUAUGAAGCUGUCUGGGCAAACGAUAAACCCAAAGCUGAGGAUGUUUGGCCAGUCUGUAUCAGGGGGAGUUGAUAUGGAUGGCAAUGGUUAUCCAGAUAUGACUGUUGGAGCCUUCUUGUCAGACAAUGUGGUACUUCUGAGAUCCAGGCCUGUCAUUACCAUGGACAUCUCCAUUUUCCUGCCCGCGUCCAUCAAUAUCACAGCUCCUCAGUGCCAUGAUGGCUUGCAGCCGGUGAACUGCCUCAAUGUCACAGCCUGCUUUCGCUUCAGUGGCAAGCGUGUUCCUGGCGAAAUAGGUCUGAAUUAUAACUUGACUGCUGAUGUGGCAAAGAAGGAAAAGAGCCAGCAACUCAGAGUUUACUUUGUGACUUCUGGAGAGACAGCGGGGCAGAUCACAGAGAAGUUACAACUGUCGUACAUGCAGGAAAAGUGCGAGCAUUACCUAGCAUAUGUCAAG